CAAGUCAUCCAAUGCAGAUCCCUUUUGUGUCAAACAAGGCUGAGUUGUCCUCUCUUCUGAUCUUGCUGUAAUAAAAUUCAACGCUACAGUUCUUGUUCCUCUUUCUUUUCUUCAAUUUUUUCAACUUAUAUUUAAGCCGAAUCCAGAAUUUAUCUCUCAUUCAUUUCACUUCCAAUCCGGAUAUUAUUCCAGUAUUCAGCGUAUUAAAUAUUUUGCCGACUAUGUCAAAUUCAGAUGACAAGAAUCAAGCGGCAUCCCUGCCAGUGGGGGCGCCACCUAUGGAUGUCGAGGGCCAGACUCCGGCAUCCGGUGUUUCCGCGAUCACCCGGCGGUCGAGGAGGGACGAUUUGUUGAAGAGAGGGUCUCUGGCUUUGAGAGGAGUGGCUUUAUUCUUUUCUUUGAUUGCUUUUAUUGUCAUGGUGAGUAAUAAACACGGCGAUGGGAAAGAUUUUGAUGAAUACGAAGAGUUCAGGUAUGUGCUGGCAAUAGCAAUUCUGUCGACUUUGUAUACAGGAGGACAGACUCUGCGUCACUCGUAUGAGAUGUCUACCGGCAAACAAUUGUUGCAGCCGCGUACGUCGGCCUUGUUCGAUUUUUCCGGCGAUCAGACUGUAGCUUAUUUGUUGAUAUCAGCAGCAUCGGCCGCUAUUCCGAUGACAAAUAGGAUGAGAGAGGGAGGAGACAAUAUUUUUACAGACUCCCUUGCAGCUUCCAUUAGCAUGGAAAUCUUGGCUUUCAUAGCACUGGCACUGUCAGCUCUCAUUUCAGGAUAUAGAUUAACAACCCAAUCUCAAAUUUAAGUAUGCCCCUUUCUCUCUCUUUGGUUCUGUGAUUUUUUCUGUAUCUGUUGUUUCAUUUGUCGCACAGAAGUAUCAUUAUCUAAAAAUUUGUGUUGUAUAGAGAGCCAUCUUCUGAAGGUCUGAGCUGUUGUUGGUGUCUGUAUUUUUUGUUGUUGAAUGUAGCAGAGUGACAAAAGAAUGUAUACAUUUUGUAAACUCGUUUGAAACCAAGGUGAAAAAUGUUGUCUCUUUUAAUGAUUUAUCCAAA